AUGGCUCGAACAAGAUCAACAAAGAACGAUUCGGCGGAAACGAAAGGGGAAGCAAGUUCGAAAUCGUCUGCUCCGAAGUAUACUCUCGGGGCUAAAAGGGAGAAGCCUCCCACAGUAUUCAUUCUGCCCAAGAAGGCAACACAGGAUGCUCGGAUCGUAAACCUCCCCAACCCUCGAAAUGCGAAACCCUCUCGAUAUCUAGUAUGCCCUACGACUGGUAUAUACGAAUUUACGAAGAUUUCGGCACCCAAAUCCAUGCCACGAAGCUGGCUCAUCGAGAGCAAUGAUGUCGCGGACGCCUCAGAUACGAGCAAGACCAACAACUCACAUGGACAGGUUGCCUCCAGUGCCGACCUCUAUGUUGCUACAACUAUCGACCCUCUCUUCUUCGUGCUGCCUGCGUUGGUUCACGCCGAUUCUUCUCGAAAGGCUGAGGAGAGACGGCGAUUGUUUAUGACCAUCUACGAUCAUUUAGACAAACUCGAAACUGAAGAAUCUCACAUGUCUGAGAUUCUCCGAUGGGAGGGGACGCGAUCUCUCCUGGAAUCCCGAAUGGCGGCAGUCUGCGAUACCACUGACGGGGGUAGCGACACAAUGUUUCGGCUCAAUGAAACGAAGCUCUUUGCUGUGAUACUGAGCAAAGCCCGAAACAUGUGUCAAGGUGGCCUUGCGCCAAGCAUGGAGGAGAAGUUUGUCACCAAAGCAUUGGAGGCACCAGUGCAGGUGUCAAGUCAGAGAUCGUCCGACUCAAAUCAGGCAAAAUCCAGUACAGAGAAAGGACUCGGAUCUGGAGAAUCAACCCCCCAGACCGAGUCGGCAGACUCGCAGUCUACCACGGCCACUUCUCAGUCUGACCUAUCGGCAGAUUCGCAAGCCUCAACAGCAGCAACGUCUGUAGAAGACGACGGCGAUGGCGUAAGCGCAGUCAAGGUUUCUGAUGACAUUGUUGAUUUACAGAGACUCCGGACCGCCUUUAGUUUCAUCUCCUCGCGUUACCUCACAACCAGCCUAGCGACCCAACUUUCGAGUUCCUUGGCAGAUCAGACUACUAGCGGAAUCGAUUUCGCACCAUUAGACGCAUACUAUACAGAACUCGCCAAAUUGCGCGCAGAAGCUGCUGCAUCCAGAGCUAUAGGUGAUUACACCAAGAAGCGCGGAUUUGAUGCGGAGGAGGAGGAAGCCAGAGCCGAAAAGAAGCGUAAGCUUGAGGAGGAAAAGAAGAAGAAGGCAAGUGAAAGCCGCGCUACGAAAGAGCUCAAGAAGGUCAACACGGCCGGGAUGAUGAAACUCAGCGCAUUCUUCAAGAAGAAAUAG